AUGCUUAUAACCUAUCUACUUGCUGUUAUUGCCAAUGUGCUAAAUAUUGUCUUCAUUAUUUUUGACAAGAGAUUGCAUAAACCAAUGUAUCUUCUUAUUUGCAACCUUGCUGUUGUUGACUUACUGUAUACCUCCAUGGGUGUGGUAUUAACGCUUGAGGAACGUCAGGGUUUAUUGAUUGGGAACAUCCUUGGGCCAGCUGUUGUAAAUCCUUUUGUGUACUGUUUCAGGACAAAAGAAAUUAAAAAUAAGAUCUUUAAGAUAUUCACAAAAAAUGGGAUCUAG